AGCGGCAGUUUGUUAUAUUAGUUCAUCCAGAGUAGACGGGAGUAGCUGGAGAGACGCAGCGGAUGUCCACUCGUUUGCAAUUAUUCUCAUCAAUUAAUUUCUAUAUUUGGUUGAUAUAAAAUCGAAAAAUCAUGAGGGUGUUGUUGCUUUUGAUUGUGGCAGUAGUUGCUACAGUCCAAUCUGUGUCUUUCUUUGAAUUGGUUAAUCAAGAAUGGACAACCUUUAAGAUGCAACAUGGUAAAUCCUAUAAAUCUGAUGUCGAGGAAAGGUUCCGAAUGAAGAUAUACAUGGACAAUAAACAUAAGAUAGCUAAACACAAUGCCAACUAUGAAAUAAAUAAAGUACCGUACAAAUUGAAAAUGAACAAGUAUGGAGACAUGCUUCACCACGAAUUUGUCAAUACUUUGAAUGGGUUCAACAAAUCCAUAAAUACCCUAUCGAGAUCUGCAAGGCCUCUGAUCGGUGCCGCAUUUAUUGAACCAGCUAAUGUGGAACUACCAGCAACCGUAGAUUGGAGAAAACACGGCCUCGUAACACCGGUCAAGGAUCAGGGUCACUGUGGAUCUUGCUGGGCAUUCUCUGCAACUGGGUCUCUGGAAGGACAACAUUUCCGACGAACAGGAGUUCUAGUUUCCUUGAGCGAACAAAAUUUGGUGGAUUGCUCUGGAAAAUACGGGAACAAUGGAUGCAGUGGAGGAAUGAUGGAUCAAGCGUUCCAAUACAUCAGGGACAACCAUGGUAUCGAUACAGAGGGUACAUAUUCUUAUGAAGCCGUAAACGACGAGUGCAGAUAUAACCCAAAGUACAGCGGAGCUUCCGACGUUGGUUUCGUAGACAUUCCCGAAGGAGAUGAAGGCAAACUGAAAGCAGCAGUUGCCACAAUUGGACCAAUCUCUGUUGCUAUUGAUGCUUCCCACCAAUCAUUCCAAUUUUACUCUGAAGGCGUCUACUAUGAACCCGAAUGUAGUAGCGAUCAAUUGGACCACGGAGUGUUAGUGGUAGGUUAUGGAACCGACGACGACGGUACCGACUACUGGUUGGUAAAGAACAGCUGGGGUGAAACGUGGGGCGAUAAGGGAUACAUAAAAAUGGCCAGGAACAGAGAAAAUCACUGUGGUAUCGCUUCCACCGCUAGCUACCCUCUCGUUACAUCUCGUAAAUAAUUUUCUAAGCACUCUCUAGCAAGAAGAAUAAAACGUAAAAGUACAUUAAGUAAA